AUGGACCUUGACCAGUGUCUCCCAUGGCGCAAGGGUGAACAAUGCGAGCUAUUGGUCCAAACACCACCUGACACCAACAUGUGUGGCCAAUCAGACUCCGUGAUUGUUGUCGAUGUGAUUGGUUCUCUAGUGAAGGCAACAAAUAUAACCGGCGCGGUGUCAGAUGCCCUGGAUGGUUUGUUGCCGAUCAUGGCCGAUUGCGGUGUGGUUAUUCGGCAUUUGGGGACGCACUCUAACUGCGGAGCACCAGGAGGACUGGUGAGUAGGGUUCACUCUGAAUCGGACUCCUCCGGGUUUGUAAGCGGUAGCGCGAGCAACUCGACCUUGGAUGGGUCAACGGAUUCCAUCUCAGAUGCGUCGGCUCCGCAACCACUCCCUGGUCACCGUCGCUCUUCUGGUCAGCGAUUGGCGAAACUAAUCAGCGCAUUUACUCCUUGUCGAGGACGCACGGCUAGACGUAGUCACUCCCUUGGAGGUCCGAUGCGCUCUGGUGAAAUGCCUUAUGUGCGAACAAAUCAAACUCACGACAUUGACAGUGUGCUACGUGACCGUCGCGCCUCUGACAGUCCCGAGCAAUCUCGCUUGCCCCCAUCGAUCGAUGUCCUCGGAAAUCAUAGCCAUUCAGUUGAGCUGAGAGGGCAGUUUCCUCAACUAAUCCACUCUGUCAAACUGGAUAUGCCUACUGUGGAACCGUCUUCUGAAGUGCUGGAAUUUCGUCGCAAAUGGCCAGCUUCCUUUGCAACCUUGGUGACUAACUAUCUGGGAUUUCUAUCGUUCAGUCCGGAGGAUUCGGCGCAGAUAAGAGAGGCCCUAGUAAAGGAGGCAAAGUCAACACCGAUCACUACAGAACUGAACAUGGCCUCGGCAUCUAUCACAAAGCGGGGAUUCACACCGCAAAAGAUGAUCCAUUCCAGAGAGACACGAGAUAAGGAUUUAGAACACUGGUACAUUGUGACCAGUACUAUAAUCAGCCAUUUAUUGCAAGAAAAAAGGUACAAACAUCGCUUCAUUCUGCGCCGACCGGGAAAUCACUCAUGCGUAAACGAACUGGAACGCGCCCUUUUUCCCUCCAAGCGACGUCCCCUUUCAAUGAGCGUGAGAAAUCAUGCGUCCGACACACUGGACGAUCGUUUUCAUCAACUUCCUGCUGCGGCAUCAGAAAUUGUUGGCAUUUUAAAUCGAUACGACUCGUUGGUCAUCGCCUGCUUGCUAUCUCGUGUCCUGCGGCGCCGUGGCAUUGGUUUGAUUCCACCUCAUCUGCGUCGCCAUUUUCUAUCGCUUGUCAAUGGAGUGAAUCAAACCGAACCGAUUCAACGCAGAGCUAUUCGUCUGUUGUUCCAAUUGGUCCACAGACGUUUGAUAAUUUCGGUGUUGCGACCUUUGUUGGAUCUGCUUGCCCACGUGGCGAAUGAGCCCGAAUGUGAGGUGGACCAGUGCAGCCUGGCCGUGCUAUUUGCUCCCGUCUUCUUCAUGGAUCGAGCCACAACCACACCGGCAUCUUUGGCCAACCCAUUGCCGAGUCACGUGGUCGAGCUGUUCGUAUCAUUUGCUCGCCGCGAUCUGCAACAACAUCAAUCGGUUUCUAGUCUGUUCCAAAUCCCUGUUCUAUUUCAAGAGGACUGCGCACGAAAUUUACGACUUCUCACUGAGCACGAUGAUCCCCCUUUAUUCUGUAGUCUGAGGUAUUGUGUGACCAUGACUCAAAGCCCAAGGUGUAGAAGUGUAACUCCAGACACGAUUGUUGGAUCGAUUCCAACCGACCCAGAGGCCAAGUCUGUCUUUCCAAAGGUUAAUUUGACCUCGACCUUUAUGGCAAAGCGUCCUAGGCAACGGUCUCCCUUAGUCGCCUCUCCCGGUGUAACUCCAUUGCUGAAAAGCGCUCUACUCAGCCCAACAUUGGAUUUCCGUGUGCGACGAACGCCAACAAAUGGUGGACCGAAAAUGUUCAUUCCCUUUCCCUGA